CGCUUCAGCGCCUGGCAGUACGCGGGCACCGACAAGCUGUGGGCCGGCCUGGUGACCACGCUGUGCGAGGGCAUCCGCCACAAGUAUGGCGCGCUGCCCUUCAGCGUGUACUCGGUGCUCAUCAACAAGCCAACCAUGUCGCCGCGCUUCUACCAGCGCGAGUGGCAGUGCCGGCUCCGUGUGUGCCUGGUGCUGCUGCUGCUGCUGGCGGCUCUCGGCCUCGGCGUGGGCCUGCUCUACCUGUCGCUGGGCGGCCAUGCGCUGGGCCACGCGGGCGGCAGCAGCAGACUGCUCCAGGCGUUCGGUGGCGCGACCACCUUGUUUUCGGGCUCCGGGCUGCUCGUGGCUGCGUACUCGGUGGCCAAGCACGUGUUCGUGAGCCAGCGCAAGAGGAUUGAGCGGCUGGUGUCGCGUGAGAAGUUCUGCAGCCAGCUAGGCUUCAUGUGCCAGGUGAAGAAGGAGGUGAAGCUGGUCACCGAUUUCCUGCGCUUCCUGGAGAUCUACCAGAGGUGCCGCCUGCGCGUCGUGCUCGAGGUCACCGGGCUGGACACGUGCUGCCCAGAGCGCGUGGUGGGCGUGCUCGAUGCCAUCAACACGCUGCUGUCUGAUAGCCACGCACCGUUCAUCUUCAUCCUGGUCGUGGACCCCAGCAUCCUGGCCUCGUGCCUCGAAAGCGCCGGCAGAAUGAAGGGCACAGCCGACAACGGCUACCAUUUCCUCAACCGCACUGUCACGCUGCCUUUCUCCGUGCCCAGCAUGGGCCGCCGCACCAAGCUGAAGUUCCUGCGCGACGCAGUGCAGAGCCGCGAGGAUCUACUUUACCGCGAGAUCACGCGGAGCAGCCGGGACAGUACCGAGGAUGCGCGGCUGCUGGCGGUGGAGAUGCAGCCAGACACCGAGCGCGCCCAGAGACGCAUUGACGCCGAGGCAGCCCGCCGCAUCCAGGAGGCGCUUUUGUGCCUGCACGACGAGCGCGAUUGCCUCUAUGAGUACGUGCCCGACAAUGUGGUGUCCAUGCGGCGCAUCGUCAACACCGUGCCCAUCACCGUACGCCUGCUGCAGCAGCAGCAUCAGGGUGGCUUCGGGGAUCCCACGCCGCGGCAGGCCGUGGCUUGGGUCAUACUUGCCAACCAGUGGCCGUGCCGCCUCAGCUGGGCGCUGCAGUGCCUGGAGGACCGGCAGCAGGCCGGGGACGCGCCCGAGGGUCGCGCGCGCCUCUGGGACGUGUUCUGCGACAACAGCGGAGAGCUGCACACCAUGACCAAAGCGUUACAGGACCUGCUCGACCUGGACGGCGACCCUGAGCUCUUCCAGCGUUUCUUGGGCGCUGACUUCCCGUUCACGAAGCUGGGGCCCAAGAUCCCGGAGCCCACACCCUGA